AUGGCGGCUGGACCGACCCGGAAGAUAUCUGCCGCCUCCGCCCGGGCCCACACCCGCCGUCCCAAGGCAAAAGCUGCUUCGAAAUUCUCAGGGAUAUUGAAGAAAAUAUUGUUCGUUGGGUUCGUGGGGUUUUUCGCUUGGGCUUAUCAGGCUACAAAACCUCCACCUCCAAAGACUUGUGGCUCAGCAGACGGGCCCAAGGUUACAGCAUCAAGAGUACAGCUUAAGGAUGGUAGAUACUUGGCCUAUCAAGAAUUUGGUGUACCUAAGGAAAUGGCAAAGCAUAAGAUAGUGUUUAUCCAUGCUUUUGAUUCUUGCAGGCACGGUGUUUCUGCAUUAACUGCCAACCUCUCCCCGGAUAUGGUUGAAAGUAAAGGAAUCUACAUAGUCUCGUUCGAUAGGCCUGGUUAUGGAGAGAGUGAUCCUCACCCUACACGAACAGUGAAGAGCUUAGCUUUGGAUAUUGAGGAGCUUGCAGAUCGAUUGGGUUUAGGAUCUAAAUUUUACGUCAUUGGAUUUUCCAUGGGCGGGCAGGUCGUGUGGAGCUGCCUCAAGUACAUUCCUCGCAGAUUAUCGGGAGCGGCUCUUAUAGCUCCGGUGGUCAAUUAUUGGUGGCCGGCAUUCCCUUCAAACCUGUCUGGGCCUGCGUUCGAGUUGAAGCCCAAACAAGACCAGUGGGCCCUCCGUGUAGCUCACUACAUGCCAUGGCUUACUUACUGGUGGAACUCCCAAAAAUUUUUCCCUGCUUCGAGCGUUGUUGAAGGCAACUCGGCAAUUUUUUCCGAUCAAGACAAGGAAUUAUUGCCGAAAAUCAUUUCCUUAAGAGAUCAUCAGGGGGUAACAAGACAGCAGGGAGAGUACGAGUCGAUUCACCGUGAUAUGAUGAUCGGGUUCGGAAAAUGGGAAUUCGAUCCGACAAAUAUAGAGAACCCAUUUUCGAAAGGCGAGGGUUCGGUUCACUUGUGGCAAGGGGAUGAAGAUCGUCUUGUUCCAGUGGCCUUACAACGUUACAUUGCAGACAAGCUCCCAUGGAUUAAAUAUCAAGAGCUGAAGGGCUCGGGCCAUAUGUUUCUGUAUGCUGACGGGAGAGCAAAUUCGAUUGUACAAAUGCUUGUGGCUUGA